AUGCCGGACACAAGAAACACUUCCUCAAAUCCUUCCGUUCCCUUUGUUCUGCGUGGCUCGUCUUCUGUGUUCUCGCGGCGUCAACUGGAUACAUUUGGCAGCCUUCAAGCCUUAGAAGAUGCACACAACAAAGUUACCAAGGAAACUAAGGCUGAGCGGCUUCUGGUCAAGAAAAUGACUUGGCGUCUGGCAAAACCUGCUGUAGAAUCUUUAGGAGCUGAAAAGGAGUUUCGGAAUGGACAAAACGUGUCGAGAGCAGGUUCGGAAAGUCUCUUUAAAGUGCCAACUCUACCACCACCACGUGUGUCUAAACGACGAGGCAGCGGUGACGAAUGCGGUGCUUAUCGGUUUUCGGAGGUUCCUCGACGCGACCCCUCCAAGUGGACUCACUAUAGCCUCGCAGAUAUUGAUGAAGAUGCCGGACUAGGUGGGCGUGCUGAUCGGAAAAUUGCCUCCGACUUGAUGCGCGAACUGCGACGUCGGCGUGAAAUACGGGAGGGUAAGAUUGAAGGUCCCCUGCCGAGUGCCGAUGAUACACGACCGGGACGAAUUCUCUUCCGCCCAGUGUCUGGAAAGAAACGUGCUCGUUUUGUCCAGUCCGGCGCAAUGUUAUCAUCUGCGCUCACUUUGAACUCCAGAACCCUUGAAGAAGAUGAAGAGGAAAAAGAAGAAGAAGAAGAAAGGGUACAAAUCGACGAUAAUCUCGGAGGUUUCGAUAAGGAAUCUGGCAAAUCUGAAGUUGUUGCAUUUCGAACACGAACGCAACGAGGACGUCAGUGUUUUGGACGGCUUUCCGCUUCCACUUCGAAAGGCAGUGACGAAGAGAUUGAUGCUAAUGAACCCGCUUCCGUUUCCCUUGCUACUUUAGAUAGUGUCGACUCCAGCGAAAGUGCUACUGACGAUGAUGUCGACGAUGCGGAAAUGGAAGACUAUCCAGAAGGUGUGUCUCAGCAAUUCCCGGUCACCAUCUUGACGGUGCUGGGUUUAGUUUAUAUCAGUCGUGUUAGCCAUUCGCCAGCCCUUUUACACUCAUGGAUUGCUGGAGACCGUGGUACGAAGCUAGUGAGUCUCUGUAAAGGAGUCUACAUGGAGGCUGCGACUGUGGUACCACCACAAUCGACGAUACAAAUCACUGCCGCUCGAAGAAGGUGUCUCCUCGUCUUAAUAAAAAGUCGGUGGGAGGCCCUCGUUCCCAGUUCAUAG